GGUGAACGCUGCCUACGAAGCACCUACCUAUGAGGAAGUGAUGACCAUGUCAGUUCCAGCAAUUUGGACAAUUGCAUCCAAUCCAGGCUUAGUGCCUUCACCAAUGAAUGAGCCUCCUCCUUACAACGUAGUUAUUGAAUCAUCUGCCCAAGAAGAGAUUGUGGUGGAGGCUCUCAGGGUGUCAGUGGCGUCAGACACAAGGCACACCUCUGAGACAGACACAGGCUCCAGGAUGCAGUUGCAGCUGGUGCUUCCCCCUAGACUGCAGCGGUUUGUUUCAGACAUCCAUGAAGUGAAAGGUGUUGAAGACAGGUUUGAGCCACCGGAGCCACUCACUCCACCACCUGCUUAUGAAAGUGCCAUCAACGAUGAGGUCUUUGAAGAUACUUUCCAGCCCUCCACAUUAUGAUUAAUUUCAACUUCCAUGAAUGCAGAACCAAACCCUCACUCCAAUACAGGAUGCUCCUCAAGGGAAGGUGAAAGAUCUGAGAUUUUUCAUGCCCAAAACUGUAAAAGUUUGUCUCACCAUUCUUUGAACCAGAGAUGA